GUUAGAGGGGAGAGGCUUUUAUUUUGACAGCGGGCAGGCUGAGCGGCUGUCGGAUCCAGUGUCUUCCCACAUCCGAGCUCACAGACCCCCGGGAGCGGGCUUCUCGGUCCUGCGCUGUGGGGAGGGGGAUCAUCCUUCCCGGGGUCCCCCUCCGUUCUCUUCCCGGCACAUGCCCGGAUCGUAAGCGAGGAAGUGCCGGGCAGACUGGUUACAUGCCCGCCGUGCCCUGCAAGUCGGAGGAGGGGGAAGGAUGAGAGGGGGCACCGUGCUCGCCUCCGCUGCGGCUCCCUCUCCCCCUCAGCCCCCGAGCUGCGGAUGCUGAGAGGUCGGGAAGCCCUACUGGAGGCCGGAGACAGAGAGGAGAUGGGAGGCCGCAGGGGAGAGCAGUGAGAUCCCUCUUAACAUCAGUGUAAUUCUCUGGCAAUCAAAUGCACCCUGAAAGCAAACUGACCAGUCAUGGGAAGGCAUCUAGCAAUGGUGGACAAUCACAGCCUGCAAAUGUGAGCCAAGGACCCAAAGGGACAGGGCUGCUUGGCCCCAAACCCAAUCACAUGUCGCCAAGUGGUGUGGGUCUGAAAACCGCACAAAACCAGGGUCCAAACCAUGGGAACGGGCAAAGGGAGUCAUCCGGAGAGGUAGCAGAGCAGAAAGAGCCAGGAACUCCCUCUCUGGACCCAGAACCAAAAGGAGAAAUACCGCCUCGUAGCAAGAGACGUUGUGUACAGGAACGUAAACAUCCAUACAGUGGGGAUGAGUGGUGUUCAGGACCAGACAGUGAAGAGGACGAGAAGAACCUAGUGAUCCCUCACAUCUGUAGUGUUAGUGAUUCUGCAGUAUCCGCUCCUACGGUGCCAGGAUCAGGAUCAGCUUCCCUUCCGGGACUCAAUGACUCCAGUUCUUCCAGCACAGCCCACGGGGCUAGCCAAAGCUUGCAUGGGGAAGGAGGAGGCCCGGGAGGGUCAUCCAAGGCCGCCUCACGAUACGUUUAUGUCUUCACAACAUAUUUGGCAAACACGGCUGCGGAAGCUGUUUUACAGGGCCGUGCAGAUUCCGUUCUGCAUUACCACCAGCAAAAUGUUCCUCGAGCCAAGCUGGAUGAGGAUGCUCUCCAGAAACCACCCAGCACUCCAAAUACUGCAGGAGAGGAUUCUGUGCCCACGCUACCACCUUCUACAUCACCUGCACCAGCCAGUCAUCCAACUAACACGCCUAUCCAGGCUCCUCCAAAUGUGCUGCCAACUGAAGCAGUAGUGGAGGAGACAAAACAAGAGUUGACUCCAAACACGGGGGGAAAUAGCAAUAGCCGUCCUGCCAGUAGCCACUCCAACCCACCACCUCCACCUUCUGCCCCGUUACCUGUCGAGGACCCUGGACUUCUGGAAAGUACACAAGAGACUAUGACACUAAACACAGAGGUUCUUUCAAGAGAGCAGCUCGAGCAUCGGGAACGAUCUCUUCAGACUUUGAGAGACAUAGAAAGGCUGUUGCUUCGAAGUGGUGCUGAUAGUGAGUCAUUUUCAAGGCACAGCACAAGUCCAGUAGAAGGAUCUGUACCUUCUCAUCCUCAACCUCAUGUUCCUUCAAACCCACCAACUCCAAUAAAAAAGUAUGAAGAGCCCUUGCAGUCUAUGAUCACACAGACUCAAAGUUUAGGAGGUCCAGGAAUGGAGCAAGAAAUGGGAGGUCCUCCAACCGGACCAGACAUGGGUCAUCAAAUGAGUCUUAUGAUGCAGCGGUUGGGACAAGACAGUCUUACACCAGAGCAGGCUGCAUGGAGAAAACUUCAGGAGGAAUAUUAUGCUGAAAAGAGGAGGAAAGAAGAGCACAUGACUGUACAUGGCAGGUCAGCACCUGAGUUGAUGCUCAGGGGACCUCCUCCACCAUACCACAACAAGCCUGGCGAACAGUGGGUUGGGAAUCGGUUACCUGUAACUCUAGAGGGACAGGAAGCCAUGCAAGUUAGAGGUGGAGGGAUAACAUUCCAGGGUCCAAGAUUUCCCGGUAGAUAUGCUCUCAUGCAAAAUAUGCCAAUGGACACCAUUGGAGUUAUGCAGAGACCAGGUAGAUGGCCUGAAGAUAUGGCAUCAGUGGGUGGAGUGCAAGGUAGCUUUCCACAAAGUGGAAUGGCAUUCCCUGGUGGAGGUCAAGGAGAAGUGGAGAGAUUUUUGAAUCCUCCUUCCCGUGAUGAAUUUUUGAGACAUCAGCUAUUAGAGAAACGUUCACCUGUUAUGCAGAGACAGUUGUCAAUACCUAGUGGACAAGGCAUAGAUAUGGAUCGAGUGAUUAUGCAACAGCGACAAGGUGACCCUUCUAUGUUCCAAGGAGAUGGAUUGGGUAGUGGAUCUACCAUGGGCAUGGAUUUUGGAGGGUCCAGAAACAUGGUAAGCCCCCCCAUGGGGCGUCCCGGACCAGUCAGGGAACUGGAAUCAGCAGGAGGAGGUGGAAACCUCAAUAUGAACAUGAGUGUCAACAUGAAUAUGAACCUUAACCUUCAGAUGACACCCCACCAACAGAUGUUAUUGUCCCAGAAAAUGAGGAAUGAUCUAAUAGGUUCCCAAGCAGGAGUAGGAUCAGAAGAGCUGGUUCGGACAACACGAGUGCAAAAUGGCAGCGGUGGCCAGAAGAUGGUAAUUCAAGAUGGUGCACCGACCCAGAAUCCUUUAUCCUUGAUGAUGUCUCAGAUGUCUAAGUAUGCCAUGCCUAGUUCCACGCCACUGUAUCACAAUGCAAUUAAAACAAUUGCUACAUGUGACGAUGAUCUGCUACCAGACCGGGUUCUCCUUCCACCUGGCUGUCAGCAAGGCCCUGGGAUGAACCCUCCGAUUUCUCUGCAUUUGAAUUUGAGUUCUUCGCAAAGCCCAGUAGGAAACAUUGGUCUCCAAGGACAGCCACCCCUCUCCCAUGAACCCCCUACUUCAAUGCUCAAUUCACCUGGUCCGCCCAUGCACCCAUCAAUUGGCCCUAUUCAGACACCUUUGAUGAUUCCUUCAGUGAACCAGGACUCUUGCUGUCCUGGAUCACAAAUGAUGUCCUCCAACUCAUUGGUCUUCCCACCACGUCUGCAGCCUGGGCCUCCACAUAAUCCACCUUUACCACAAGGAGCUGGAAAUAAUUCCAUGCAGCAAAACUAUCCAGAUGAAGCACCUAAUCAACCCUGUCUCCCGCACAGGAUAUCAGAAGCAUAUGGUCACGGUCUUCCUUCCGUGCUUACAGACCCAGAGCUAGGAGAGGUAAUCCGACCAUCACCCAGUGGUAUUCCAGAAUUUGACUUGUCCCGUAUCAUGCCAUCGGAGAAACCAAGUAGUACUCUGCAGUACUUUCCGAAAGGGAGUACACAACCGCUGAAAUCACACCCAGCUAAUAUGCACCUCCUUGGCUUGCAGAACAUGAUGGUUGAGCAACAUUCGGGUCGUUCAGGCCCAAGUCUUCCAGGCCCACAGAGAACCCUGGGAAUGCCACCUAUGCACCCUAUGGGUAGGACAGGAAUGGCACCUCCAUCUCAGACAGCGCAACAGAACUUCAUGUUAAUGAAACAACGAAGUGUGUCAGGAGAGAUGUACCCCCAGAGUUCCAGUAUGUUGUCACCACAGGGUGCUCUUGGUGGCCAUUUGCAUGGACAACAAAGCAUGAUGGUUGGACACCAAAUGAGACAGCGUAGUGUAUCCUUAGAUACAUACAUCCCUGGACCAGGACACUUACCAUUUUAGUGUCAGAGACUCACUAGCACCAACCUAGUUCUUCCUUCCAUGAUUCCAUUCAAAGAUGGCUCUCAAGGUUGAGCAGGCUAUCGCAGCUUUUUUCAUAUCCCUACGUUACAGUUUCAAAAGAAAAUGUAAAAGAGGUUGUCUGCUUUUUGAUUGCCUCUCCCGAGCUGCAGUGUUUGCUUAAUGACAUAGUUGUUAUGAAUGAAGAAGAACUAUGUCUUUUCAAUGCAACCUCUCAUCUUCCUUGAGAACAUCCUUCUAUUUGGCUUUGGCGUAUACCAGCAAUUUUUUUUCCUGGCAGAUUAAGAUAAAAUGUCUUUAUUUAAAGCAGAACAUGAUCCUGUGUCAGCUGUUUGGAGUGUUAUAAAUCUGCAAACCAUCUCUCAAAGGAAGAUCAAGCAUAAAAGUAUUUUCUCUAACAAAAUGAUUGUGUUGCUAGGUUUAUCGAUAGUUCUAUCCUUAGUGGCUGUCUCUGUAUGAUCAUUGGCAGCAUAUUUCUAGGAUUUGCCAUCGAUGUUCAAUCGUGUGGGUUGACCACUAGAACGGAGUGGUCGUGUGACUAGGAAAGCGCUGUGCCGGUUCAUCUCCUGUUGAAUCCCUUAAAAAAGGUUCUCCAGGCUUAAGAUAUCGAUGACCUAUCCUCAGUCCAACCACCGGCACCCCCACCAAUCAGUUGUUUUGGGCCGUCAGUGUAUGGAGUGGAAGCACAAGGCUUCAUACAGUGUGUAGUUUCUGACACCAGUGUACCAAAGCUCAGCUCCCAUUCACCUGAAUGGGAGUUGAGCUGCAGUACCUUGGCAUGGCCAAUACACAGUUUACAGAGCCUUCUGCCUCCGGUAAUGUACACUGUAUAGGUACCGACACGGCAGCAGCCUGACACAGCUGAUUGAUGGAGAUGCUGGGUGUCAGACCCCCAUCCAUGCGAUAUUGAUAACCUAUCUGGAGGAUAGGUCAUUAAUAUGUGUAGCCCAGAGUACCCCUUUAAGCAAGCCAUACACAUGGGGUAAGAAUUGGCCAAAAUAAGGUCAAUGAGUUAUCCGUGGGAUCAUUGAUACCAGUUGACUUGCUCCAAAAACCACAACCACGCUAAAAAAAUAUUGCAACCUGUCAAAUCACAUUUUCAACAGAAGGAAAAAAAAUUCAAGUGAUGGUCAGCCAAUAUUGCCAAAAGGUUGGACAAUUUUUACGAAAUGUGUAUGGUCAGCUCUAGAUUCAGAGGCUGUUCAGUCGCCCUCUGGAAAAAAUGGACUGGAGACAAAGUGUCACCUAGCACUUUUCUACCACUGCCUUCAUUUUGUCCAGUGAAUGAUAGAGGUAAGCCCCCCACCGAGAUGAUAUUGAUGGCAUAUCCUCGCAAUAUAUGCGAACAAUAUCCAAACUGAGACAGCCCAUUAAUAAAUGAAACUUUAAUUAAUCCAUAAUUUAAUUUAAGAAUUAUCACUUUUUGUUUUUAGAAAUCCUAAAACUAUUCUUUAAGUAUAGGUUAUCAGUUUUUCAGAUCUUCUGCUUAUGGUGUCCUCCUAAUCCCCAUGUACACCGAAGUCGUCUGCUUUUGCUUAAUAGUUCACAAGACGCAUCUUGGUGGUCAGUUGUAAGCUUUUAGAGAAUUUUGGAUGAAAACCAAUGUUUCCAUCCACAUUGUACUGCUGUAAAUUUGACCUCGUAUUCUUAUUUUCAGUAUCUGCUUGCAGGAGAUUGCAUUAUUGGCAGUGAUCUUUGUUUUCGUGCCCUGCUUUUAUGUCUUGUAUCAUUUGCAAAGUUCAUUCUUCUUUCACGAACCUUCCUCUUUACUUUCACCAAUCUGUAUUUAAAGAGAACCUGUCAACAAGUCAGUUUUCUUUAGGCUCUGUUCACAUCACAGUUAAAGGGGGUGUCUCAUCUCAACAUUAAUGGCAUAUCACUGGGAUGAGCCGCAUCUCUGGGACCCGCUCCUAACUACAGAAUGGGAAGGUCCCAUAAUAGUGAAUGGAGAGCAAGCUGCCCAAGAGAGGCCUCCUCUCCAUUUGCUGCUACUGCGAUAUUUCAUGAAGCAUUUUUGGGGGCCAACCAGAUGGUGUCCUUAGGUUUAAGGGACACUCUUUUGGUCUUGGUCGAGCUAAUGUAACCCUAUGGACGCAUUUAGCAUGUAUGCAGGGAGCUUUCCCAGCGUACAGAUGAAAUAUCACAAACUUGAUGUGAACAUAGUCUUAGAGUGUCUGCACAAUGCCCUAUCAAAACUCAUCUAGAAGGUUCAAUAGCAUCCACUAAAUGGUUUCUUGAAGCCUUUGGGCUGGAAGAAAUGAACCAUUACCCACUCCCUGUUUGCCCGUUCACAAGGUGAAGCAUUUCAUUCGAUUUCUGUUUGCAUUGCUAAUGGCUAAGAGAGCCCAGAGAAAGGCGUAACAUAUAUAGCGUGCCCUUUUAGGACCUUCAGGCACCGUCAAAAAGUCUUAUGUCUUGCAUCAUUAUAUAAUUAAUAGAAUGGUUUUCUUGUUCCUAACAUCUUAAUUCAACACAAAGGUAUGUGGACACCAAUCCUAAAUAGUCACUGAGGCCAUUUUAGCUAAACCCAUAGUUAUAUAGUUGAUAAGGUUGAAAAAGGACAUAGUUCCAUCAAGUGCAGUUUAUAGUCCUACAGUUGAUCCAGAAGAAGGAAAAAUCCAGAUUACAUGGUUGUCCAUGGUCACAUUAGGGGCAAAAUUCCUGACUGCAGAAUAAAUCUCCAAAAAUGUAGUGCCCGGAACAUUUAACAUGAUAUUUUUCAGGUAAGGCCUAUGCACCUUCUUGAACUGGUACAUACAUUCAAUUGAAGCAUAUAGAGAUGCCACCUCCAAUGACAGAUCUAAAUAACGUGUAUAAUUCAAUGUCUUUCCACAUGGCUCUAUCACCGUAUGUUUUUUGUCCAACAAAUCACUAACAAUCAGGUCAAAGUUUUCUUCUAUACAGUAAACUAUGCCUGACCUCAGUAGUGUCACUCACUGCCGGGGCCUGAGCAGCUUCUGGAAGCCAUGAUGGAAGUGGUCAUCAUCAACUUGAUGGGUUGGGUUUUUGUAGCUGUGAGACCGAAAGUAAAUUCAUAAUCAGAAAAGGGAAUGUUAAAAGGGUGUUCCAGCUAACUAUAAAUAGUUGGCAGCGGGGUCUGAGGGGCUUAAAGGGGUUGGCCCAUCACUAGGAUAUGCUAUCUGGGACCGGCUCUUAUCUCCAGAAUAGGGUCCUUUGAGGUUAAUGGAGAGCUCGCCACACAAGCCUGACCACCACGUCAUUCACUGCUAUGGCACUAGCGGAAAAAGUUGAGCUGGCACUAUUUUAGGAACUCCCAUAGCAGUGAACGCAGGGCGGCUGCUCUCUGUUCACUUUGGAGGCCCCAUACUGGAGAUCCUAUCUGACAUUGAUAACAUAUCUUAGCGAUAUGGGCCAACUCUUUUAAAUAAAAUAAGGUACUCACCUCCACUGAUCCCCUCACUGUUACCGUUCCGGUGCUCCCCGGGUUCCCACUACUACUCUCUACUUCCAGCUCCACCCAAAGGAAAUGCCAUGAAUUGCUCUCUGACAGUCACUCUGACCUGAACUCCAUCGACAAUCCUUGGGAUUAAUUAGAACGACUGUGAACCAAGCCUCAUUACACAGUUUUAGCAUCUUUUUUUACGUUUUUGUUCUAACUGGGUUGUCAACUCCAUAAUGACUAUAAAAGUAAUGUUAAAUAAUCAGGAGUAGAUGUGAUGUUUAGGUGUUGACAUACCUUAGGUUAUGUAGUGUCUCCCAAUUCUUCAAUUCAUCAAGUACUUGAAAGCCAAAUUGAGUCAUUGCCAGUAAGAAAUGUUUAUGGCGAGAAGAAGCAGUGGAGUUGGUGCAGUGUAACGUCUCUGUACAGUGCUGUCUCUUCCUAUGUAUACCUUUUUGUGUGUGGCUUUUCUCUUCUUUUUUUUUUUUAAUUAAAGCAGUGUAAUGUGAAAACAUUUUUGAAAAAAUAAUGUAAAUACAAAAUAUGAAAUGUAAAAA